CUCCGCGCUGAACGUGCUGCCACGUUCUCAUUCUUUCUCGCGUUCAAGAAACAACAAAUCGCCUUCAAAACUUUCCAACGCUUUUAGGACAAACUGUUCUCAAUCCCUGUACGGGCCGCUUAGUUUUGUUACAGUCAAGCGUGAUUCAAAAACUUUAAUCCACUUUUUAAAAAAAGUCUGUUUGAAAUAUGAAACCUCUGAAUGUCACCAGAGAUUUGACGCUUGCCGGUUGUUUUUGUUGUAUGCCGACUGUUCGAGCUCGUCUGUUUGGACCAUCAUCUUGAAGUAUUGAACCAGGCUGCAUCAAGCCGUUGGCAUGACUACACAAGUAUGAUGGCGAGGGUGCUGGGUGAUGUCCAUGGAGCCCUUUGAUCUGAAAUUGCACCAGGUGACCUUUGAUGAAAAAGAGGAGAUUGUGUAUCAAAGCAAAGGCCUUGAUCAGCAGCAGUUAGAUUCCUUCAGUACUCUGGUUCAUUAUGAUGCCUACUUUAAGGAUGGAUCUGCUUCAGCUCAUUUACCUUUAGAAUAUAGCAACAGACAUACAUUUUCCUUCGCAGACUCAGAGGCCAAAAAACCACCUUCAUGCAGCCUUGGUAGCAGGGAAUCAAACUCCAUCUACACCAACCAGAAGCAAAACUCAUCACAGCUACCACAUCGACAGUUGCCGUGGGAAACUAACUAUGUUUUGGAAACACCAACAGAAGAACAGUUUUUAGUAAAUCCAGAUGACUAUUUUCAUUCCACUCCCUUGAUCAGUAAAGUCUCACCAGAGUCAGCAGCAGCUAGUCUUCAGACUUUGUCACAGGUGUCCGUAAACACAGCAGCAGUAGCCCGUCAUCUCAGAAGGGCCAGUGGCAAAACUAAGCGAGUAGCUCGGACAAUUCUGACUUCCACUUCUCUUGCAACGCCAAGAACAAUGGCUUCAGAGACAAGCAGCCCCUCUACAUCUAGUCCCCAUCUACUCUCAGGAUCUAGCCAAGAGAAUGAAUUAGAAUUGGAAACAGAUAAUAGUUUUGAAACUGUAGCAGAAGCUUUGAGGCUGCAGUGGUCUGUCAUAGGUAACAGCAAUGUCACACCAGCUUCUCCCGAGGAGGUAGCAAAGAUUGUGGCUGAGGCUGAAAAACGUCUGAAGGAGAAAGACAGCGGGAUGAACCAAGUGCCUUCUGAUCUGGCCACUGCAUCACCUAGUUCAACUCAACAUGAUUUAUCUGGAACUCAUCCUGAAAAUUUGACACCCCAACCAACCAAAAUAUCUUUUCCCAUUGAUGACACUUCACUUACAGGUUCUGAUGAACAGAUUAAAAUGACUUCAGAUCUAACAAGUUCUGUUGAACAGCAGGGUGACAUUUCUGCUCAAGCUGCAACAGAGAAAACAUGGUUUUUAACAAAAGAUGGAAGUUAUAAUUUGCAUACGAAUGAAGAUGCAUACCAUUCUAGAAAAAAGCUGGAAUUAGAGAAUCCAGAUCCUCUAAUUAGACCAUCUAAUGAUCAAGAACAAACAGUUCCUAAAAAUCCUAAGGAGCUUGAACCAGUAUUAGCAGAAGGCAAAAGCUCAAGGACAGAUGAAACUUAUUUAGUACAGUCUGGAAGUACUCCAUUGCAUGGCGUGUUGUCUCACUUAGAAGGUUCAGAACUUUUAAGGAAUUCCCCUGUGCAGCACAAUUUUCAGCAACAGACAACCUCCGUUGUUUCCCACAUGCAGCAAGAAAAUGCCACAACUCCACCUAUACAGUUAUCUUCCUCUUCCCCUUAUUCUCAAACCAGUUCAUCACUUGAUUUAACAGCACCAGAAACCAGCCACUUAUCCAGACAGGCAUCUGUCACCCAUCUUCAGUUUCCUCCCCUGCGCACAGUCCAUGUCAGUCCUGCUCCUCAGAUUGGACCUUUGUUUCCAAAACGAAGCAGUGGCACCAGCCAGGAAAUUCAUGAAUUUCACUCAGGUAGUGUUGACAGUGUUGGACAGCAGCAGGGUAGCCAGCACAGACAAGAUUUAACAGAAUUAAUGCGAGAGAAAGUGAGGUUGCAAGGAGAGCUGGAGGUGCUAAAACAAGAAGCACAAGAUACUCUACAGGAACGAGCAGAGCUGCAGGCUCAGCUUGCAUCCCUGCAGCUGAAGCUCAAAUCAGGCCACAUGGCAACUGAUUAUGCCGAAAAGGCAAGUUUGAGAGCUGAACUGGAGCGUCUUCGGAGUACAAGAAUGGAUCAUGAAAGAGAAGCACUGGAAGUCCAGCGACUGCUGGAGGAAAAAAUGGAGGAGCUGAAAUCUGUAUCAGAAGAUCUGUAUCAGUCACAGGAUACAGUAGACAAGCUUCAGGUACGAAUGAAGGAGUUAAGAGAUGACCUUCAAGCCAAAGAAGUUACAGUUCAAGCCUUGAAGAGCAAAAUAGCAGAGUUGUAUGUAGAAGUGCAGACAACCUUACAGAACAAGAUGGAAGCAGAUUCAGAGGCAAGAACUGCAAGGAAUGAUCUAGUGGUGUUAGUGAAGGCAAAGGAAUGGUACCAGGAGCAGCUGAGUGUGGCUCAUGAAGUGCGAGCAAAAUUACAACAGCAGCUGACACAUCUCCAAGCACAGACCAUGUCUCAGGGUUCUAUUGUUGAACGACUGAAGUUAGAGAGCACACGGCUGCGACAACAGCUGAGAGAGAGCCAGGAGAGGGCUUUACGCGAAAAGGAACAGCUAGCUCGUCACUUAGAGACUAUUCAGAAUGAUAUGAUGGAACGCGAAGCAGCAUUUCAAGAGAUACAGCGAGAGAGGUUAAUGAUUGAAGAUACCUUUAAUACACAGGUUACAACAGUGGAGGAAGAAAAGUCACGCAUAAGCAGCCUUCUACAGUUGACCUCUGAUCUGGAAGCACAGUUGGAGCAGGCUCAGGCUAGCAGCAAGAAGAAACAGAUGCAAGUAUUCAGCCUGGAGAAUGAGCAGAUGGAGCUGAUGAAGAAGCUUACACUAUCCCAGGAUGCACUUGUGGAAAAAGAUCAGAUCCUGGAGGAGUUGAGUCAGAAACUGAUAGAAGUGGAAUCCCAGCUUUCUGCUUUUAUGAAAACUUUGGCAGCAAAAGAUGCAGAGCUCCAUAAACUGCGAGAGGAAAAGGCAUCUACAGAGAUAGCACUUAAUUCAGCUCUGCAGGAGAAAGCAUCUGUUGACCAUGCACUUGAAACUCUGAAAGGAGACAUGGGUAAAGUUGAGAAAAGCUUCAAGCAAAUGCGUCAAGAACUGGGCAUUCGCCAAGUAGAGCUACAGAAAGCUCAGGCGGCACAAAAAGCAGCUCGGGAUGAACUUGACCGGGUGCAGCAUGACUUGGACAUCAAAAACCGCAGUGUUGAAGCCCUCACACUAGAUCAUCACCAAAAACUUUCUCUGAUUCAGCAACUCCAGGCAUUCAAAACUGCAGCAGAGGAGGAAUUGGCUGGCUUAAAGAAGAAUCUAGAAUUGACAAGAGCAUCCUCUGCAACAGGAUUCUCAGCACAAGAGGCCAUGCAAACUGAACUACAGGAGACAAAAGCUCGUCUUUUUGAAGCCGAGGCUAGACUCAAAACAGUUUCAAUACAGUUGCAGCAGACUUCAGGAGCUGUUGACUAUACUUCCAUAACUGUACCUAAUGAAAGGCUGCAGAGUGUAGUGACUGAGAAUGAGGAAUUACACAAACAACUGUCUGUGGUGCAGCAAGAACUCAAGGACAGUCUUGAGAAACACCAGCAGGAAAGAGAGACACUGCGCCAAGAAGCCUUGAUCCUCAAGUCACGAAUGAUGGAUAGUAAAACGCAGCUUCAGCAGACUGUGCAGAUGUACUUGGAUCAGCUGCAGCAGCUGUCUGAACAGAAGGAGAGGCUGCAGACGGAAUUGGAGUUGACCCAGCGCAAAUUUGAGCUGUGCUCUGUUCAGCAGCAGGGAGAAGUACGAGCUGAGUUGCAGAGUCUAAUGUCAGAACUGGAGUCAGCACGUCUUCAGAAACAGGGCCUAGAACACCAGCUUGCAGCCCUGGUGACCCAGAAGGACACACAGAUAGCUGCCCUGCAACAGCAGCUGGCUGACACCCAGCAAGCCAAUGAGGUUUUUGCUCAAGAGCAAGAAAAACACUUAGAAAACACAGCCCUCAUUCAGCAGCUGACCUUUGAGCUUGAGAAGGAAAGAGGCCGGAUAGCGGGUCUACAGCAGAGCAAUGCAACUCUCAAACUUCACAUGAAGCAGCUUGAGGAAGCCCUGGCAGGCCGCGAGUCUUCACUGGUGGAAUUGAACUCUCAUUUGACCAUCACGACUCAAGAACAAGAGCGGUUGCAGCAGGAGUACUUGCAGCGAAUUCAGGAGCUUGAGUUGGUGCUGCAGAAAGAGAAGGAUGCAGGACGAGAACUUCGCAAACAGAUUGGCAGCAAGAUAACAGAAAACAAGCGGCUUCUGAAACUACAGGAGCAGAAUAAGAAGGAGCAAGGAGACCUACUAGAAGAGGCAGAGAGGCGUCAUGCUGAAUUGCUACAGCUUCAGUCAGACCUGGAUGCAGCUCGGCAAGCUGUUAGCCAUCACCAAGGGGAGAUGCAAACAGUCCAAACAGAGAGACGAGCCAUUGAGGUGGAGCUGGAGAGAAUCAAGCGAGAGCUGGCAGACAGCAAAGACCGUACACCAGUUCUGAAGAAGCAGAUUGAGAGUCUUGAGUGGCAGUUGUCUCAGAGGAUCCAGGAAAUGAAGGCUGCACGAGAACAGCUAGUGUUGGCAGAGGAGAGACAAGCAGCAGAUGCAGAGAGCAUGCAUCGAGCCCUGCAGGAUAAGCAAGAAGAAUUAGAAAGUCUGCAAGCAGAAAUGGCUGCAGCCCGUCAAGAAAAGGUUACCCAGAAAUCACGUGUAUCUGAACUCCGCAGCAUGCUCAAAGCAUCUGUUCAGCACCAUAAGCUGACCAAAAAACUGAACAGCAAGAAGAAACGUGACAAAAAUGCAGAGGGAGACACAGAUGAGAAGGGGACUCAAGCUGAUCUUGACAAUGGCAUUAUCAUUCCUCCACUACCUUUUGAUAUGGAAGUGGUAGAAAAGCUAUUGCAGGACACUGCAGUUAAGCCUCUAGACAGCAGACCUCUGGACAGCCUGUCUUCAUGUCUGAGCUCACUGCGUGCGGAGAUCACUGGCUUGCAGAAGCAGAUGGACUUCCAUACCACCACUAUACACAGCUCUGCACAGUCAUGGAGGAAUGUGGAGUCAGAGGUGAAAGGUCUGCAGGAAGUCGUUCGCUCAAUAGCUAACACAAUCAUGGAUGUAAACUACACCAGCACCUUCACAACUUCUUCAGCAACUGACACGGAGCAGGUGGCUGAAUAAGACAUUGUGUUUGUGUGUGCUCUGUAAAAGUUCUGGAUGAUGAUGAUUUCGUAUGUGAGGUUGUGCUUGGUUGUCAAAAAUGACCACUUGUGUAUGUGUGUUGGUGCAGCAGAUUGGGGGGAGGUUGCAUCCACCCAUUUUAAGUUCUGUGAUAACAAGUCAUCAGAAUUCUAAUUCUGUGAUUCUGGUUGUAACUAAGACUUUUUUUUCAAAACUUCCCUUCCCCUCUAAGUUGUGUCAGGGGGGGCCAAAUGAUUUGUUGGUAGACAACUCAUCUGUGAAAACGACGUUCUCAUCAGAAAUUUGAUAUCUGAAUUAUGAAAUUGUUAUCGUGUUCACUGAUGUCCUAGUUAAUUUAGUUGAAUUAUAAAUUUGUGAAGUGGGUUUCCUCUACUGUUAUGGAUCAUUAGUAAACAAUAAAACUUUUGUGUGUGUAGAUUGAAGUAUUCUUUAGUUUUUUCCUGUAAUGUUCAUUUCUCAGCCUGCUCAUAUAUACUAAUAUGAAAUAUGUUACAUGACAUCACUGUUAUGUUCUUAAAUCAUUGAACUUGUCUGGCCUGCUUAUUUCUCGAAGACAAUGGACAUUUGAGUAGGUAAUUCAGAGUGAUUUUUUUUCCUCUUAUACACUGGUAGAACCUGUAACCGAUCUGAAAAACGUAGAAACACUAAUAAUUAUCAAAGCUGGUCAAAUAAAACAGGAAUUACAAAUUUCAAAAAGUUUAAUUUUAAAGCAUGUAUCAAGGUUAUAUAUAUAUAAAAAAUGCUAUUUGAAAAUUUGCUGUCACAUUCAACCAUGCUUUUCCAUCAUUAUUGACUUGACUUUUUGAACUUUUCAUCAACCAGAUAUUGCUGAUUAUCUGUGAAAGAAAAUUUCUUUCAGAGGGCUCAUUUUUAUAUUGCAGCACAUUACUCUCUGUGUGUAUGUGUUUGUAUAUGUGUGAAAAAGAGAGAGCUUUUUCAGACGUGGUUGUGUAUCCUAUCUCUGUCAGUAUAUAUGGAUGGAGUAUUUUCUUAGUAGAAGGAUUGGAAUUCCCUAAGUGUAUAUGGAGCCUAGUGAAAAUGACUGCUUUACUUCAUGGUGAUCUGUUUCACCACUCAGGGAUUUGAUUUGUGGCCAGUGUCACAUACAAUUCAAAUGUUUUCCAGUGAAUAUUUAGACAGGCUUGAAUCUGAAUCAUCUCAAUUAUUUGAAAGUCUUUCUGAAGUAGUUUGAACAAUAAAACUGCUGUUUGUAUGUAACCUUUAGGGAGAACACUAUGCAAUAACCAAUGUAUCAUUAAGGUGACUUGUGCUUUUUUUUUUUAGCAAAAUUAAGGGAUUUAAGUAUAGUGUUUUUAACAAGCACUCUCACUGUAAACAUUGUAUCAUUAUACACAUAACUGAUGUCUGAUCUAUCUCCUGUUGUGUGAGGUAGGCCAGUUAAGUAAGUCAAAAGGUCUAGUAUUAAGCACAUUCAUUGUUUGUUUGGGAUAGCAUGCAUAUUUUGAGUGCUGUGACUACACUCAUGAUAAAAGAAGGACCAUAUUUGUACAGUCCUGGGACAACAAACAUUGUGGAAGAAUAAACAACAUUGACCACUUUCUAAACUGACAACAGAGGCUUACAGUUUUUCUGUUCAGGCUAGGUUGUAGAUUGAUCCAAUUAGAUUGAUCCAAUCCAAUAAUUAUAUUGCUGAAAUAUUGCUAAAAGCAUUGUUUAAUCAGACCUCUUAAAAACUGUGGAAUCUGACUUCCUACGCAUGCUGUAAAUCUAGCUCAAUAAUCUGGACAUUCAGAAUUUCUUUUAUUUCUUUUUGGUGAAAUGCAAUUGCUUUCAUGAAUAUGUAUGAAACAUUUUUUUCUACUGUUGUCAUUAUUAAAAGACUGUAUAUGUCUUGUUGUAUGUUUAUUAAAAUGUCUUCAUGAUUGAUGCUUUUAUGACAGAAGAAAUCUUUUUAUGCGAAGGUUCUUUGAAGAAAAGCCUUUUGGUGGAUUCAUUAUCGUAUGCAAUAAGUUAUAACAAUGAGUCUAAAAUCAUUGUGGUAUGAGUUCAAACAUUUUUCUAGUCUUGCUUUUUAUGACAUACAGUAACAAAGUGUAAUCUUCCCUCAGCUUGACAAUCAGCCGCACCAUGAUUGUGGAUGAGGCUUAAGCUAUUAUUUUUUAAGGCUGUCUGUGUGUGAUACAGUAAGAACCUGUUCAAACCCUGAUCUUCAUGUACAAUCACCUUGAUUUGUUGGUCAGAGUUACGCUUAUAAAAACAUCUUUGCUGAUGCAUCAGUUUUUUGCAGAUGUCGUAAAGUCGCUUAAAGGUAAAAGGCCCAGUAGCCUACGGCUAUUGAGGUGUGAGUGGUUCAUGACAUCUAGGGUGUAGGACAUUGGAUGUGGGAGCCCAGCACUCUCCAUGUGUUCACAUUAUGGUGGACAGAUGAGCCUCUAACCAUCGACUUUCACCUCCAAAGUCAAGCAUACGUACUAACCUUUGCUUUUCUUCUCAGCCUUACUUCACUGAAUUAUGGAAGAAAAGAAGGGUUUUGAAGCAAAUCACUCUUCUUGUCUUCCAGUAAGGUAUAUAAGUGUAUCAAGAAUGACGCUUAUCUGAAAGAAUGUUAAUGUCUGCUUAUAUUACCACAAAAUUAUUUGACAACUGUGCCAUUCAUGUUGGUAGACCCUGCAGCUUAGUUUAGGUGUUCUGCUUCAUUAAAUGUUGCAUGAAUAUAAGUGUUUUGGAUUAAUGUUUACACUUUGUCAUCUGAUGACAUCACAAUGUUGGUAUUUCAUUUCAAACAUGUUUGAUUUGUCAGUGAGACAUAACUUCCAGAACACCUUUUAAUUUUCUUCUUAGGUGUUAUUUAACUGUUUGUGUUAUAACUUGUGUUCAACUUGGCCAAUUAACAGUGGUUAUGAAUAUAAAGUAUUGAACCACAAAGUUUGUAAUAGGUGGUUCCUGUUUAAAUUUGCGAUUUACUGGAGGGCAGAAUAAAAUUGGUGUUUUCUUACUA